UAACCUUUCCGGUAAAACAUCAGUUGUGUAUUUGUAAUCGAGCUAAAUUUUUCAACCUCUGAACAGUCUGCAAGUGAAAAUGGCUGAUACUGACCUCAGCACAGGCAUAACUCCGGAUCAAAGACAUGUUCUGGUUGAUGCUUGGAAACUGGUAAAACCAGAUGUUGUUACUCAUGGAACGAACAUAUUUUUAAAAUUCUUCGAAAAGAAUCCUGAAUAUUUAGGGUAUUUCGACUUUUCGAUGGAUUACGAAGCGAAAGAGUUGAAGGAUAACAGAUCCCUGCACGCCCAUGCCUUGAACGUUAUGAACUUUUUCGGAGCAAUCAUUGACUACGGGCUGGACCAUCCCAUAAUGUACAAAAGCAGCCUUUCGAAAAUGGUGAUUAACCACAAGAGACAUGGCGUCUCCAAACCGGAUGUUGCGAUCGUUUGUGCUAUAAUCAAGGACUACUGUUUGCAAACUCUGGGCCAUUCUGAUGAAUUGGAAGAUGCAUUUACAGCCCUGCUGGAUAGCGUUGCGAACGCAUUUGAUUGAUUCUAUUUCAAGUGAAACGCGGUAGCUCUUACAUAUGAGUAGCGUUGUAGACUAGUACAAAAACGCGGCAUAGGUCAACCCGUUUGCCGUGUGCGAUCAUGACGAGCUAUCGGAGGAGUACAAUUGUUGAAUUGUAUCACAGAUCUGUAACGAGUUUAUUAGUGAAUACAACAAAAAA